CUCCUCCUCCUCUCCCAUCCCUCUCACUCCACUCCAUUCCACUCCCGCUCCAAUGGCCACCUCCUCCAUCCUCCCGCUCCGCCUCCCGUCCUGCGCGCGCCGGGCCACUACCGUGCGCGCCGCCGCCGCCGCCGUCGCGGCGACCACGACCGCACAGUCCCUGGAGGAGUCGUUCGGGCGGAAGGGCCUCAAGUUCGUCGCCGACCCGGCCGGCGGGGCCUCCACGGCGGAGCUGAGCGUGAGGAACGGCAGCUCCCUGCACCUCCGGCUCGGCGACGGCCUUGUCACGUCGUACAGGCCCAAGGUGUACUGGAAGGACGACGGGUGCAGGGAGGUGCUGCACACCGUGGCGGACCCCGGCGGUGACCCCGCCAAGGCGAAGGGCGGCGUCGGGCUCGUGCUCAACGAGGUGUCCUCGUCGGGCGGCGCCCAGUCGCUGAUCGACGGCUCCGCCUGGGCCAUCAAGGAUGUGGAUUCUGACUCCUACGAUGCAGUGCAGGUGGAGCUGGGGUGCACCAAGGGGAAGCUGGACAUCUCGUACGUGGUGACGCUGUACCCUCUGAGCAUGGCGACGGCGGUGAUCGUCCGGAACACGGGCACCAAGCCGGUGGAGCUGACGAGCGCGAUGCUGAGCCACAUCAAGUUCGACAAGCGGGGCGGCACGGCCGUGGAGGGCCUCCGGGGCUGCCCCUACUGCUCCCACCCGCCGCCGGCCGCCGGCUUCAGCCUCCUCUCCCCGGCCGAGGCCAUGAAGCGGGAGGACCCCGGCUGGUUCUUCGGCGGCGGCGAGGAGCCCCGGCAGGGGGUCUGGACCGUCGAGGAGGACCAAUACACCAUUCUCAAGAAGAAGGUGAGCCGGGUGUACGCCGCGCCGCCGGAGGAGAGGAAGAAGCGCAUCUACAGCACCGCGCCAUCCAAGUUCACCACCAUCGAUCAGUAUAGCGGGCUGGGGUUCAGGUUGGUGAGGAUGGGGUUCGAGGACAUGUACCUGAGCAGCCCGGGAGGCAUGUACGAGAAGUUCGGUUCGGACUACUUCCUGUGCACGGGGCCGGCGUCCAUGCUGGUGCCCGUCGUCGUCAACCCCGGCGAGGAGUGGAGGGCGGCGCAGGUCAUCGAGCACGACAACUUGUAGCUCCAUUUUUCUUUCAUUUUGUGCUGAACAGAAUUACUGAAUCGAGUGGCUCGUCAUGAAUCGAGUGGCUCGUCAUGUACAUUCUCGUAUACAUGUUGAUGGGUCUCGGUCUACUGUAAUUGCCCUGGUGCCAGACUGACAGUCAUCCAGUGAGAUAAAUUUAUAAAUUUAUA